UAUCCAUCACCAGUUUAACUUUUACUACUUCCAUUUAAUGAUUCACAGUAUAAAUGGUGAUUCAACCCUUCAAACUCCCAUCUCUACUUCCAUUUCAUCUGCCAUCAAUUUGCUCUGAAGAUCAUGUUGGCUAUUUUUCACAAGGCAUUUGCCAAUCCACCAGAGGAGCUGAAUAGUCCAGCUUCUCAUAAAUCUACCAAGAAGCCUAAACAGCCUGAAGAAACCCUAAAUGAUUUCCUAUCUCAUCACCCUCACAACACUUUCUCCAUGAGCUUUGGCAACGCUGCUGUUUUGGCUUAUGUCCGCCAUGAACGUGCUGCUUCAGUUCACCAGAGGUUGUUUUGUGGGUUUGAUGACAUAUACUGCCUCUUCUUAGGGAGCUUGAACAAUCUAUUUAUGCUGAAUAGACAAUAUGGUCUUUCCAAAGGGAGCAAUGAGGCGAUGUUUGUGAUUGAAGCAUAUAGGACGCUGAGGGAUAGGGGUCCAUACCCUGCUGAUCAGGUUGUUAAGGAUCUUGAAGGAAGCUUUGCCUUUGUGAUCUAUGACAGCAAGACUGGAACCGUGUUUGCUGCACUGGGGUCUGAUGGUGGGGUGAAGCUGUAUUGGGGAAUUGCAGCUGAUGGCUCUGUGGUCAUAUCUGAUGAUUUAGAUGUCAUUAAAGAAGGGUGUGCCAAAUCCUUUGCUCCUUUCCCGACUGGAUUCAUGUUCCACAGUGAAGGGGGGCUGAUGAGCUUUGAGCAUCCAAUGAACAAAAUCAGGGCAAUGCCAAGGGUAGACAGUGAAGGAGUGAUUUGUGGUGCUAAUUUCAAGGUUGAUGUUUACACUAGAGUUAAUAGCAUUCCACGAGUGGGCAGUGCAACCAAUUGGACUGAUCACUGGGAUUCCCAUUAAAGAGAGGGAGAAGCAAAAUUAAACAUAAGAAAGAUGCCAUGAUUAUGUUGUUCCAAAGCUCUAGACAAACACUAGGGUUUCUUCUGUUUUUCAUCCUAGUUGUUGGUUUUCAUUUGGGUACUUUUCUAUGUUAUAUGUUGGUCGUGUUGGUUUAAUUUCUUUGGGAUUGUAAAUAAUGAGCAAAUAACAUACUUAAACUUAUUAUAAUUUCAA